AUGGCCACGGAACAAGAGGUCAUUACUGAGGUAAACUUAGAAACCGAGACUGAUGUGAAAACGCGAGAAAGACGCUUUCAUCAGCAACGUGAGAAAUGCGAACGCAUAUUGUAUUAUCUGCGCCAUGGAAAACACAUGGAUGGUUUAACCAAGAAUCAACAACGUGUUGUUCGAGGCCAAGCGAAGACCUAUACCCUAGAUGAAAGUGAGUUUAUUUUUCUCGUUAUUGCAAACAAUUGAACUUCAUAGUUCAUACUAUGCUUAUUUAAUGUAGAGACGUUAUGCAUAGCCAUAGGGCACAGUUAUAGUUUGUGAUUCCCUUGAGGCUGAUGAAUUGUAUUCUCAAACGUUUAAAACCCUGACUAUUAACGAUGUCAAUAAUACUGUACUGAAGAGAUCCAGCUGUCCUUGACAGGGAUGUAAGAUUACACGAGCCACAACUUCCUCUUAGUGAACUCUAUAUACUAAAUAUUUGUUAUUUAUAUCUGGAAUUACAAGGCUCUUGAUGUGUUCAUUUAUGUAAUCAUGUGUUGUCAAAAAUUAUGCAUAGUUUAUAUUUAUCUGGAAAUAUUAACUGUAUUGGGUCAUACUAAUUACAGACAAUUACCAACAACAAGCUGAAAAAUACCGACAACAAGCAAAUACAUAUUUUUUACUUUUAUAUGAUAUCGAUGACUCAUCAGCAUACUAUGCAGUUUUUAGAUAGUUUGCAUAAUUAAAUUCUAUUAUGAAUAGAAUAGGCAGGAUAUUUUGUUAAUCCUAUUGUUUAUGAUUUUAUUGAUGUCAAACAAUGAAAAUAUAAUUACUGUCUGCCUAUGUGAAUCCAUCAUCUUUAAUCGCAGAAUGUUUAAACUCAACAAUGUUUGACAAAAUCUGUCGUAUCUGUCGAAUUUAUACAUGUAUAUUUUGGAUUCCAUCAAAAACAACCAGAUAACUAUAAGAAUACAAUGAGAGCAUGUAUUUGCUAGUUGUCAGUACUUUUCAGCUUGUUGUCAGUAAUUGUCUGCUAGUUGUCAGUAAUUGCUGGUUGUUGACAAUAGUUGUCGUUAAUUAGUAUGACCGACUGUAUCAAAUUCCUCCCCUCAAAUUAAUAUAUUUAUGAUGUGAAUUAUUUUAAUUUCAAUGAUUCUUAGAUAAUGAGUUGUACUACACAGGAGGAAAAGAAGGAAUUUAUAGAAAAGUUAUCCUUGAUGUUGCAGAAGUACGAGAAAUACUGCAUCAUCACCACAGUAAUCCAAUGGGAGGGCACAGUGGAGUGAAUGCCACUCUUUGUAAAAUAUCAAACUUUUAUUGCUGGAAUGGCAUGAAAGAAGAUGUACAAGAAUAUGUAAGUUUACAUAGUAGUAAACAACCCUCGAAAUUCGCCUCGGCACUCGGCAAUUACUGACACAAAUGCCGAGGCAAGUUACGAUUUUUCGUAGUUUGCCUCGGCAAAAAAAUGCCGAUGCAAUUCCACCCAUUGUACCUUAAAUUAGAAACUACAGCGUCUGUUUUUUGUUUAAAUUUACAAACUACCAAGGACUUCGGCAACAAUUAUUUGUCGAGGCAAAAAUAGUUGAAUUUCGAGGGUUGGUAAAUUGUAAAAAGUAUUAUAGAAAAUAAAUAACCGUUGAUAAGAAACCCUUAUUGAUUGUUGACAAAACACUAUUAUGAUAUAGGUAAUGUCCUGCCAUCGCUGCCAAGUUUACAGCAAAAUAAAAACUCAGGCACCUGAGCUAAUUCCAAUAAAAGUCAAGCAGCCCUUGGAGUUAGUUGGAAUUGAUUUGAUUGGUAAGUUAUCAAGUUAACUUUAUUAUUUGAAUAAACUUAGAAGCUGAAGCUCUGAAUGAGUAGUCAAACAAGUUUGUUGCUUCAAUACUUUUAACCCAUUAUGCCAGCACUCUCCCCUUGACGAGUAAAAUCAUCUGGCAUUAGACAGAAUAAAAUACUAAAGUAGGGUGCAUCAGGGUGCAUCGUCACUCAAUGGGUUAACUAUGCUGCUCUUAGACAAAAUUUACUCUCAAGUGCUGCAUAAAUUUUCGGCAAUGACUGAUAUCUUUACUGGUAUCCUUAUUUUUUUCUAGGGCCAUUGCCAACUACUCCAGAAGGAUGGAAGUAUGUUUGCACAUUUACUGAUUACUACACCAAAUUUGUCGAUUUUUAUCCAAUUAAAAAUAAAUCGGCAGAGUGUGUUGCAAAAUGUAUCAAAACGUUUACAUGCAGGUAAUUAGUUUUAACAGCUUUAUUGAAUGAUGUUCAAACAGCAAGAGUGUAAACAUGAUUAAAGAUCCAUGCAAGGCACUAUCCCUCUUGAAUUUUGUUUACAUCUAAUAUCAUUAUAAAUUUACAACAAUAUUAUAAAUUGGUAAACAUAUACCAGCUGAUUAAUAUCAAAUUAGGAAGCUAUUGUGCCACAUUUAAUUAUCAUACAUAAUUCAGAUUUGUAUAACCAUGUUUAUAAAAAAUUGAAAGCUUAGUUAGGAUAAAACAAAACCUGACACGAGGAGCUGGUAUAUGUUUACAUCCAAAUUAAUUAUUUCUAUGGCAUGACAAGUAUUCAAUUUCAAAACUGUUUCCUCUAGCAAUAUUGAAAGCAAUAAAUUUUGAAAACUUAUAAAAAUCCUAGGCUUUUAGACAACAUACCCAUUGCCAGGAGAUACAAAAUGUUUAAGUAGGGUCCCACAUAGUGUGUUUAAAUGCAAUGUGAGUUUAAAUGGUUAAAAACCAGAAAUAAAUUGCCCAUCACAUAAUUUUUAUAAUGAUUUUAGAUGGGGUGCCCCUUCACGCCUACUAUCAGAUCAAGGGAGAGAAUUUGUGAACAAGAUCAAUGAUGCGGUUUGCAAGGAAUUUGACAUCAAACGAUCUGUGACUAGUGCUUAUCACCCGCAGACAAAUGGCCUAGACGAACGAACAAAUCAGACAUUGAAACAGCGUUUGUCCAAACUGGUGAAUGAACAUCAAAACAAUUGGUGUGACUUCUUAGAAGAGGUUACGUAUUCCAUACGUACGCAAAAACAAGCCACAACCAAAUACACACCAUUCUAUCUGAUGUUUGGUCGACAUCCAAAUUCACCUCAAAUGGUAAUUAUAUGGAAUAUUUUAGUUACAGUGUAAAUUAAUUAACUGGAUUAAUUAACUAAUUAAAUCAAUUGUUUAUGUUAUUAAAGAUGGAUGUUGUAGAUGACUGUUCCUCUGCCCCUGACCAACCUGAAGAAAGUUUAGAUGAGCAAGUUUCAGAAAGAAAGGCUUUAUAUGAAGUGACACAAGAGCAGGUAUGUUGUGUUAGGAAUUAAUGUUUUUGCUAGAUGUUAAAGUUAGUUAUUGCUUAUAAAACUACUUCCACUCUCCUGUCCAUUAAUUAGUAACAUAUGUAAUUAAAUGAAAUCCAACACUGACCCCGUUAACUCAAACCCACGCCAACACAUCUUUCAUUUCCCUUGGGAGUUUGAGUUAGUGGGGUUCUACUGUAGUUGUUAAUUUUAUUCAAAUACCUUUAGGUUCAGAAGAAUGUCAAGAUUGCUCAAGAUAAACAGAAGAAACAGUACCAAAAAAGAAAAGCUAAAGGAGUAAAGACAUUUGUUAUCAAAGUGGGUGAUAUUGUGUACAAACGCCAAAUGAAAAACAUUUCCAGAAAAGGAGGGAAAAUGGAGCCAGGAUGGAUAGGUCCAUACAGGUAUGUAUAACAAACAUCUUUCAGCAGAUUCAAUGGGACUUCAGUGUUAAUAAUCAUUAACCCAUUGAGUGGCGAUGCACCCUACUUUAGUAUUUUACUCUGUCUAACCCCAGACAAUUUUACUCGUCAAGGGGAGAGUGCUGGCGCUUAAUGGGUUAACUGGCCUAUCUGCCCAUGUGUCUAGUUAACCCAUUGAGUGGCGAUGCACCCUACUUUAGUGUUUUACUCUGUCUAACGCCAGACGAUUUUACUCGUCAAGGGGAGAGCGCUGGCGCUUAAUGGGUUAAUGAUCAGAUCUAGGACAUGCAAAUCUUUCAGACCGAUGGUUGUGCUGAUUAUAAAUGGCUUGGUUAAUUGCUUCUUGCAGCUAAGCAUUUAGGUUCUUCCUGUAGCUUGAUACUGGUAGGACUAAUGGGAUCAUGUUGAUGCUCAAUUGAAGAAUAACAUUGAAUAAUUAAUAUUUACAGAGUCACAGAAAUUGAUUCCUCUCAGAGAGCAACCCUUAUUCCAUUGAAAGAUAAUGCCACUUCUCUGAAAAACAAAGUGCCCUAUGAUCAGUUACGACCUUAUGUUGUGAGUGAAAGGGAAAGUCUUAGAUGUUAAAUUUUUAAUAAGGGUAAAGUAAUUUCAAUAAUAGGUAUACUGUAAAUAAAUAUUAAUGAGUUGACAACUGUACUUUAGAUGACAAGGAAGAAGAUGACAAGGAAGAAGAUGACAAAGAAGAAGAUGACAAGGAAAAAGAUGCCAACAAUGUGAAUGAAAAUGAUAACAAACAGAAUGAAGAUAAUAUCAACAAAAAUGAACACAACAGCACUGGAGUACUUGAGUCCUUAACAAACUCAUGUAAGUAUAAAGAAUAGAGACUCUCUCUUCCCAAGGGAGCAACUAUUUUUUUUUGGGGGGGGGGGAUAAACAUAUUAAUCUUAAAACUAAACUUAACCUUAAAGGUGGCCAAACAGAUGAUAACAACCAGUAUAAUGGAAAGUCUAGAAAGAAUCGGUGUGAAGUGCUAACAAGUGAAGCUAACCCUAAUCCUGACAAGCUAUCAUCUACAAUCCUCAAAAAAGACUUUUGGCUUUCAGAUGAGCAUAUUGAUCAUGCUCAAUGGUUACUGCAGCAGCAAUUUGCAGGGUGUAACGGCUUGCAUUCUGUGCUGGCUUUUGAAGGGAAAACCCCCCAAAUUCAGAGAGGACAAAAGGAGUUUGUUCAAAUAAUUAAUGUUGGAAGAAAACAUUGGGUAACUGUCACAAAUAUCGGAUGUGAAGAUAACGUUGUCAAAGUUUAUGACUCUAAGUAUAUGGAGUUACCAGAAAAAUACAGAAAGAAAUUUUACCUGUGUUUGGCAGCAUUGCUAAACACCAGUUAUCCGAACAUGACAAUUGUGUGGCCAUCAAUGCAGAGUCAGAAAGGCUGUUCUGAUUGUGGCCUCUUUGCUGUUGCGGUUGCUUUCAGUCUUCUCAUCGGAGAGGAUCCUAGUACACAAGCCUAUGACCAGAAGACGAUGCGAGUGCAUCUUGCCAUGUGCUUCCAGGUUGGAGAGUUGGCCCAGUUCCCUGUCAUGACAUCAGUUUUACCCAUGCAACAUGAAAGGAAGGAAGUUGUCGAACUGUUUUGUCACUGUAGAAUGCCAUAUAGUGGUUCAUUCAUGAUUGAAUGUGCAACUUGUGCUGAAUGGUUUCACAGAUCUUGUGAAAAUGUGCCAAGGAAAGUUAAUGCCAAAACUAUAUUUUGUUGUGCCAAUUGUAAAUAG